UCAGUGUCGGAGACUCUGACGCGGAAGAAGGAAGCGCAGAGCCGAGUCACCUCACACUUGUUGCCGAGCGUCUGUCUCCGUCGCAGCCGCGCGUCGUCCCGCGUGUUGACCGCUGGUUCCCGGCAGCAUGGCGGACUGACACCGGCUGCGACGCUCCGCUGGACACAUCCGCGUCCCGCUGCCCCGGAUCACGUCUCCAUCUGCCGCGGGCGGGAGGACCGCGAGCAGCCGCCGGCUGGCACCGCUGUCUCCGGGGGAGGACCCGUGAUCGGAGCUCGUCACCGCGAGGACACGACGGUGGAGACGAAGCUCCGGUGUGAGGACGCGGACACGCUGCGUCGGGACCCUUCAGCUCCGGGACCCGCACCGGCGCGGGGGGAUGAGGCGCGCGGCCCCGGGGCUCCGGUGAAGCCCCGACAGACCGACACAUGGCGGACCGCUCCGGCCGGGCCCGAGCGGCGGAGGCCGCGGACAGCCGGAGCUCGAGCCCGCCGGCCGUGAGGCGGAGGGGGGGGCCGGGCCCCGGGCCCCGGGCCGAGGGCCACUGCUUCAGGAGGGUCACGCUCACCAAACCCACCUUCUGCCACAGCUGCAGCGACUUCGUGUGGGGCCUGGUGGGCUUCGUGUGCGAGGUGUGUAACUUCAUGUGUCACGAGAAAUGUCUGAAGACGCUGCGAUCGGUCUGCUCCUGCGAGACUCCGUCCGCCGUCCAGGUGCCGGUGGCUCACUGCUUCGGUCCGGCGGGUCAGAAGAAACGUUUCUGCUGCGUCUGCAGGAAACAGACGGAGGGACACACGGCGCUGCGCUGUGAAGUGUGUGAGCUGCAUGUCCACGCUGACUGUGCUCCGUUCACCUGCGCCGACUGUCGCCGGUGUCACCUGGACGGGAAUCUGGAGCAGGACACGUUUCACCACCACUGGCGGGAGGGCAACCUGGCGUCGGCGGCGAGGUGCGAGGCGUGCCGGCGCUCCUGCGCGUCGUCCGACGUCCUGGCGGGGAGGAGGUGCGAGUGGUGCGGCGUCACGAGCCAUGCGGCGUGUUACCUCAGCGUGCCACCAGAGUGCACUCUGGGACGUCUGCGCUGCAUGUUGCUGCAUCCGGCCUGCGUCCGCCUCGACUCCAGGAACUUCAGCAAGAUGCACAGCUACCGCAUCACAGAGAGCUGCAGCCACGACCUGGAUCACUGUGACGACGUCGACCCGUCUGCUGCGGCGUCGAAAGACAAUCCGACGACCACGAUGGAGUCUGGGAAGCAGUUUCUCAAGGUGUUUGACGGUGAUGACGCCGUGAAGCGCGGGUUCUUCCGACUCGUCUCAGUUUAUCGAGCCACGAACAACGAAGAACUUGUGGAGGCGGCGCUCAGGGCCUUCUACCUCCCCGAUGACCUUCAGGGCUUCGAGCUGCACGAGGUCGGUGGUCUGCAGCGUCUCCGCGGCGACGACGACGUCCUGAACCGCAACGGCGGGCUGGACAACAGGAGAGACGGAGGCGACGCCUGGCUGCUGAGGGCCAAGCCCCGGGAUGCCGAGGUCAUGAAGGUGUACGCCGGCUGGCCCAGGUCGGGAGCAGCGUUCGUCCGUGUCUCCGCCUCCAAGGUCGACACGGCGGCGUCCGUCCUCACCGAGGUCAUCAGGCAGCUGGACAGACAGGAGGAAGACGUGUCCAACUUCAGUCUGCAGGAGGUUUACAUGAGCAGCAAGCAAGUGCAGAGACAGACUCUGACGCCUCAGGAGAAGAUUGUGGACAAACUGCAUGAGAUCAGGAAGCUGUCACUGCGUCAGAUGAACCAGACCCGGUUCUACGUGGUGGAGAACAGGAAGUGGACGGUGCAGGUCGACCUGCUGAUUGGAGGACUGCCCCCCCUGCUGACCAGAGAGGAGUACGUCCAGCUGAUCCAGGAGCAGCUGACCACCAAGAGUCACCUGGUCUCCAUCAGCCACAUGUACCCCAGUCAAGGUGCCGUAGCGCUACAGGUGACGUGUUUCUCUGAAGCAGAGAGGAUCUACAUGUUGGCCAAAGACACGUCCGUCAACAACAAGACGCUCACGUCGCUCGUCAUCCCUGAGAUCAAGCAUCACUCACUACGUGACCUCUGCCCCCUGCUGGUGUUCGUCAACCCUAAGAGCGGAGGUCUGAAAGGUCGCGACCUCCUCUACAGCUUCAGGAAACUUCUGAACCCUCAUCAGGUCUUUGACAUUUCCAACGGAGGACCGCUGGCUGGCCUCCACACCUUCAGGGAGGUGCCCAGGUUCCGGGUGCUGGUCUGUGGGGGCGAUGGGACCGUGGGCUGGGUGUUGGGAGUUCUGGAGGCCGUCCGACACAAACUGGUCUGUCGAGAGCCGCCCAUCGGCAUCGUGCCUCUGGGAACAGGUAACGACUUGGCUCGUAUCCUGCGCUGGGGGCCGGGUUACGGCGGCGAGGACCCCUACCACAUCCUGGUCUCUGUGGACGAGGCGGACGAGGUCCUGAUGGACCGAUGGACGAUUCUGCUGGACGCCCAGGACGUGUCGGAGGACGGCAAGGACAGCGGCUUCCUGGAGCCGCCCAAGAUCGUACAGAUGAACAACUACUUUGGUUUGGGCAUCGACGCAGAGCUGAGCCUCGACUUCCACCUGGCCCGGGAGGACGAACCCGACAAGUUCACCAGCAGGUUCCAUAACAAGGGGGUGUACGUGAAGGUCGGCCUGCAGAAGAUCAGUUACACCAGGAGUCUCCACAAAGAGCUGCAGCUGCAGGUCGACACUCACAACGUCCCGCUGCCGAACAUCGAGGGGCUGAUCUUCCUCAACAUCCCAAGCUGGGGUUCUGGUGCUGAUCUCUGGGGGUCAGAGGUCGACGGUCGCCACGGGAAACCGAGGAUCGAUGACGGAUUGCUGGAGGUUGUCGGGGUCACUGGGGUCGUCCACAUGGGUCAGGUGCAGAGUGGCCUCCGCUCCGGGAUCCGCAUCGCUCAAGGGAACUACAUCAGGCUGACGCUCAGUAAACCCAUCCCAGUGCAGGUGGACGGAGAACCGUGGAUCCAGCCGCCGGGACACAUCAUCAUCUCCGCUGCUGGACCCAAGGUCCGGAUGCUGAGGAAGUCCAAGCAGAAGCAGAAGAAGUCGUCAGCUGGUGUGAAGGACGGACGCUCAGAGAGUCCGUCCUCUAGAGACGGCGGACACUGACCGACCGCCUGAGGAGCAGCCAUGUUGGAUCAGUCACCGCCUGAGGAGCUGCCAUGUUGGAUCAGUCACCGCCUGAGGAGCUGCCAUGUUGGAUCAGUCACCGCCUGAGGAGCAGCCAUGUUGGAUCAGUCACCGCCUGAGGAGCAGCCAUGUUGGAUCAGUCACCGCCUGAGGAGCAGCCAUGUUGGAUCAGUCACCGCCUGAGGAGCAGCCAUGUUGGAUCAGUCACUGCCUGAGG